CAGACAGCACAACCGCUAGCACCUCUUCCUCCAGUUUUCCCCUGCCUCACUCACUGUUCAUGGAAAAGGGCUAUUUUUCCUACUCUAAAACGGAGGACUCUUUUAUGACAAGCCAAAAGAGGGUGGGAGAAAAAAAAUACAGGGGAGGAAAAAAAAAGAAGGAAAACAAGAGAGGAAUGCAAACGAUGAGAAGAACAGGAAUGUGAACUGAGAGAGAAAAAGCCUCAAUCACCUGCGAUCCCCCCUAAAGGAGAAGAGAGUGAGCAAGGAACGAGAGAGAAGACGGAAGGCGCUGGAGUAUUCGUUUUUUUCUUUCGUUUCAUUUUUUUCUUCUUCCUCAUCGUGGUGCUGGCAGGCGCCUCGUCUUUCCACCUGUUCGCUCUUUCCGUCAUCUGCCUGCUCAUCUAUUUCUCCAUCUACCUGGUGUACAAUUUCGCCUACCUAUGACCCGCUCUGGAGAGAGGAAGGAAGGGGAAGAGAGGGGCUUCUCUCGUUUCUUUGGUUCUUUUAUUGCUCCGACUUCUCCCCUCCAUCACCCGGCCCUCCUUUCCAUCAUCUCUCCUCGGACCAUCGCCCCCCUUCUCUUUCUCUCCGUAACCGUCUCCUCUGAAAACGCUCCGCCGCUCACUGAAUGAAAAGUUGGACACAAAAACAAAAGAGCAUAUUCCUCCUUUAAGUUGUCUCAUCCCUUUCUUUUCCUCCCCUUUUCCUUUUAUUUUUCCCUCUCUUGCUCCUCCACUGCCUGCCCCCCUUUUUUUCCACCUCACUUUUUUUGCUGGACGCUUUAAAGUUCCUCUAGUGACGCCAUCAGGAGACCGACGCAGGUGGAAAUCACAAAACUACUGACAGCUGAAGAACCUCACAAACCCAGGAGCUGAAGAAACCUCCGAUUUUCCUUAAAACGAACCUUUUUACUCCAUCACUGCAGAAAGAAGCUAACGGACAGAAGUGUGUUUAGGAGGCCAGUUGUGUGUCUUUUGUUGGGGUUUUUUAUGAAGGACAUGUCUACAGAGAUGUAGACCUCAGGUGUGACAGUCAGUGUGUUUUUAUUUAUGUAGUGACUGAAAGAGCUGAGACCUCCCGCUUCGUGCUCUUAGUUGUGUUUUUUUUGGUCUAAUUCAUGACGUGGUGACUCAUAUAUUUUGGACUUUUUUUUCUUAAUUAAUUUCUUGACUCAGUUCAUCUGUUACUUUCAAACCUCCAUCUGGAUCUACAGUAAGGCCAAACUGCUGCAGUCUGAAUCCAGCACCCGUUCACACCAAACCUUGUCCUCCUUCCCUCUGCGGACCCCCUCGCGCUGCUUCAUCAGUCAGUCAUCCCUCCAUCCGAGGCUAUGAGAGGAAGAGAGGAGACCCAGCUCACAUCAUCAUGCCAGAGUUGAGGAGAGAGGAUGAUAGUCGGGCUGGCAAUGUUCAAGGGACUGCGUCUUCAAUCGUCGGCCAUGCUUGUCAGCCUUCGCCUCUCUCUCCUCGUCCUUCCUUCGCUCCUUCUCUUCCUCCCGGCCUGCGAGUCACGGCGGGGUGGAGGAGGCGGUUCCACCGCCGGUGGAGUUGGGGCUGGGGGCGUGAGCAGCAGCACCCGUGGCCACUCCAUCAUCGGGCCACCACACUACCCGCCGGCAGCAGUCAACCCGGUGGCGGCACCACUGCCGCCCAAGUUCGCUCAGGGCCUUAGCAUUGCUGUCAUCCUGGUGGGAAACUCCAGUGAGGUGACGCUGGCGGAGGGCCUGGAGAAGGAGGACUUCCUGCAUGUGCCGCUGCCACCUAAGGUGGACCUGGUCACCAUGAACGAGACUGACCCCAAGAGCAUCAUCAACCGCAUCUGCGCCCUCAUGUCCCGCAACUGGCUGCAGGGCGUAGUGUUUGGAGAUGACACUGACCAGGAGGCCAUCGCCCAGAUCCUGGACUUCAUCUCGGCCCAGACGCACAUCCCCAUCCUGGGCAUCCGCGGGGGUUCCUCCAUGAUCAUGGCUGCCAAGGAUGACCACUCCAUGUUCUUCCAGUUCGGGCCAUCGAUAGAGCAGCAGGCCAGCGUCAUGCUCAACAUUAUGGAAGAGUACGACUGGUACAUCUUCUCUAUCGUCACCACUUACUACCCCGGAUACCAAGACUUUGUCAACAGAGUUCGGAGUACCAUCGAGAAUAGUUUUGUGGGCUGGGAGUUGGAGGAGGUGUUGCUGUUGGACAUGUCGGUUGACGAUGGCGACUCUAAGAUUCAAAACCAGAUGAAGAAGCUCCAGAGCCCUGUGAUACUGCUGUACUGCACUAAAGAAGAGGCCACCACCAUUUUCGAGGUGGCGCAUUCUGUUGGCCUUACUGGAUACGGUUACACCUGGAUCGUACCAGCACUGGUGGCGGGGGAUGCAGACAACGUGCCACCUGUUUUUCCUACAGGUCUGAUCUCCGUGUCCUAUGAUGAGUGGGAUUACGGGCUGGAGGCUCGUGUGCGUGAUGCUGUGGCCAUCAUCGCCAUGGCGACCUCCACCAUGAUGCUGGACCGAGGUCCACACACGCUGCUGAAGUCAGGUUGCCACGGCGCGCCCGACAAGAAAGGCACAAAGGGAGGAAACCCCAAUGAAGUGCUGAGAUACCUCAUGAACGUAACCUUCGAGGGGCGCAAUCUCUCUUUUAGCGAAGACGGCUACCAGAUGCACCCUAAGCUGGUUAUUAUUUUGCUGGAUAAGGAAAGGCAGUGGGACAGGGUGGGAAAGUGGGAGAAUGGCUCGUUGACUAUGAAGUACCAUGUGUGGCCGCGCUUCGAGCUCUAUUCGGAUGCUGAGGAGAGGGAGGACGACCACCUGUCUAUAGUGACUCUGGAGGAGGCCCCGUUCGUCAUUGUGGAGGACGUGGACCCCCUCAGCGGCACCUGCAUGAGGAACACGGUGCCCUGCAGGAAACAGCUCAAAGCCCAAAACCAAACAGGCGAUUCAGGGAUCUACAUCAAGCGCUGUUGCAAGGGCUUCUGCAUAGACAUCCUCAAAAAGAUUGCCAAGACCGUCAAAUUCACCUAUGACCUUUACCUGGUGACCAACGGCAAGCACGGCAAGAAGGUCAAUGGCACAUGGAAUGGCAUGGUCGGAGAGGUGGUGGCUAAAAAUGCCCACAUGGCAGUGGGCUCUUUGACCAUCAACGAGGAGAGGUCAGAGGUCAUUGACUUCUCUGUGCCCUUCAUAGAGACGGGUAUUAGUGUCAUGGUCUCCCGUAGCAACGGCACAGUGUCUCCCUCAGCAUUUCUAGAGCCCUUUAGUGCUGAUGUCUGGGUGAUGAUGUUCGUGAUGCUGCUGAUUGUGUCUGCCGUCGCUGUCUUUGUCUUUGAGUACUUCAGUCCCGUCGGCUAUAACCGCUGCCUCGCAGAUGGACGAGAGCCGGGUGGCCCCUCCUUCACCAUCGGUAAGGCCAUAUGGCUGCUUUGGGGUCUGGUCUUCAACAACUCUGUACCUGUCCAGAACCCUAAAGGCACCACCAGUAAGAUCAUGGUCUCCGUUUGGGCCUUCUUUGCUGUCAUCUUCCUGGCCAGCUACACAGCUAACCUGGCUGCCUUCAUGAUCCAGGAGGAGUACGUGGACCAGGUGUCCGGCCUCAGCGACAAAAAGUUCCAGCGUCCAAAUGACUUCUCUCCUCCAUUCCGUUUUGGCACGGUUCCCAACGGCAGCACAGAGAGGAACAUUAGGAACAACUACAAAGAGAUGCACAGCUACAUGACCAGCUUCCACCAGAAGAACGUAGAUGAGGCCCUCCAUAGCCUGAAGACUGGUAAACUGGACGCGUUUAUCUACGAUGCUGCUGUGCUGAACUACAUGGCAGGCAGAGACGAGGGCUGUAAACUCGUAACCAUCGGUAGUGGUUAUAUCUUUGCUACCACGGGCUACGGCAUUGCAAUCCAGAAAGAUUCAGGCUGGAAGAGGCCAGUGGAUCUCGCCAUUCUGCAGUUGUUCGGAGACGGUGAGAUGGAGGAGCUGGAGGCUCUCUGGCUGACUGGGAUCUGUCACAACGAGAAGAACGAGGUGAUGAGCAGCCAGCUGGACGUGGACAACAUGGCCGGUGUCUUCUACAUGCUGGGGGCGGCCAUGGCUCUGUCACUCAUCACCUUCAUAGCAGAGCACCUGUUCUAUUGGCAGCUACGUUUCUGCUUCAUGGGCGUGUGCUCGGGCAAGCCCGGCAUCACCUUCUCCAUUAGCAGGGGCAUCUACAGCUGCAUCCACGGUGUGCAGAUCGAGGAGAACAAAUCAGGCCUCAACUCCCCGUCAGCCACCAUGAACAUGAACAUGAACAACACACACUCCAACAUCCUUCGCCUGCUGCGCACUGCCAAAAACAUGACCUCCGUGCCUGGGGUCAACGGCUCCCCCCACAGUGCCCUGGAUUAUGGCCACCGCGAAUCAGCCGUCUAUGACAUCAGCGAGCAUCGGCGAAGCCUAGUAGGCCAUUCUGACUGCAAGCCUCCGCCACCAUACUUGCCCGAAGACAAUAUGUUCAGUGACUACGUGAGUGAUGUUGAGAGGACUUUUGGGAACUUGCACCUGAAGGACAGUAACCUGUACCAGGAUCAUUACCUGCACCACCAUGGGGGCACGGGAUCCGGGCUGGCUCUGGGUAUGUCGGGUCCCUUGCCUAACCGACCACGUAGCUUAGGAAGUGCCAGUUCAUUGGAGGGUGGGAUGUACGAUUGUGACAGCUUAGGGGGAGGGGUAGCGCCCAUCUUCACCACCCAGCCCCGCCAGUCGCUGACACACAGGAACAGGGAAAAGUUUGACCUGAUUGCAGGCCACCCCACCCAGUCGAGCUUCAAGUCUGGCCUGCCCGAUCUGUACGGGAAGUUCUCCUUCAAGGGUGGGGCAUCCAGUUCAGGGUUUAUAGCGGGACAUGACAGGUACUGCGGGGGAGGUGGGGCGGGCUCGGGAGGGGAUGAUGGGAAUAUCCGCUCGGACGUGUCGGAUAUUUCCACUCACACCGUGACCUACGGCAAUCUUGAAGGCAAUGCCAAGAGGCGCAAGCAGUACUGGGACAGUCUGAAAAAGAGGCCGGCAUCUGCCAAGUCGCGUCGGGAGCAGGAUGAAAUUGAGCUGGGCUUCCGGAGACGCACGCAUCACACCAUUCAUCACCACCACCACCACCACCCAGUUUCGCAGGGACACCGUUCGGCUACCCCACCCGUCGAACGCAAAAGCCAGAGAGGGGGCAACUGUUCCUCAUACCUGUUCCGUGACAAAGAGAACUUGAGGGACUUCUACAAGGAAGGGGCAUCCCCAUGGGAACAUUUGGAUUUGAGUGAUGCUCCUGGAAUAGGUGGCGGAGGGGGUCUGGGUGGGGGUGGAUGUGGUGGCAUAGUCGGCAGCGGUGGUGGCGGGGGAGCGUGCACUAGUUUGGUUCCCGUGGACGAUUUCUUGAAAGGUAAAUCCAAGAAGACAGAGGUUAAGGGUGGAGUGGGAGGAGGAGGAGGAGGAGGAGGAUCUCCUGGGCAACAGGGCCAUGCAUGCUGGGAAAAGAACAUUGGAGGGGUUGGAGGGUUAACUGGUGGGGACUGGGAAUGCCGUAACUGCCACAGUGGAGGAGGUGGAGGAGGCAAGCCAGUUUGCAUGCACGGGGGAGGAGGGGGUGGGGGCUACGCGGCUGCAGGGGGUGUUGGGGGAUCCAGUGGAGGAGGAGGUGGGGGGAGCGGACAAGUUUCCAGCCGCCCAAGCUCAGCCACCUGCAAGCGGUGUGAUUCGUGCAAAAAGCCGGGCAACUUGUACGACAUCAGCGAGGACAACCACCUCCUCCUGGAUCAGAUAGGGGGCAAGUUCCUCCUGGAGGGUGGGAAGGGAGGUGGAGGGGCCCAGACCCAGGCGCAGAGGCGCAAGUUUGGCCCAGGCGGCAGGGUUCUGCGCAGGCAGCAUUCCUACGACACGUUCGUAGACCUGCAGAAAGAAGGGGCGGGCAGGAUGGGAGGCUCAGGAGGCUUUGGAGGUGGUGGAGCUUCCAUGCUCCCUCCGCCCCGGAGUGUGAGCCUGAAAGACAAAGAUCGCUACAUGGAAGGCGCAAGCCCCUAUGCCCAGAUGUUCGAGCGGUAUGCGGGAGGGGAACGAGAGCCUUCUUUUUUUGCUGGGGACCGUGGGAAGGGUGGGGGCUCGUCGUUUAGCUUGUUCCGUGGGGGUGAAGGUGGGUUGCAUCGUCGUUCGAUAGGCGAAAGGGACAUGAGGGACAGAGAUAGAGGCAUGAUGGGAGGAGGAGGAGGUAUGGGCGGUACCCGAGGGGUUGGGACUUACUCCUUGUCUAAAUCUCUCUACCCAGAUAAGGUGAACCAGAACCCAUUCAUCCCAACCUUCGGCGACGACCAGUGCCUAUUACAUGGCGCCAAAUCGUACUACAUCAAAAAGCAGCAGACACAGCCGCAGCAGCAACAGACGCAACAGCAGCAGCAGCAGCUCCUCAACAACAACCGGGCUGACUUCCGAGGCUCCAUGGGGGUGACUUCCUAUUUGCCAGUCUCUGCCUCCGCCGGGGUCAUGUCCAACGUGGGACCCCGGUUCCCCAAGGAGCUGUGCCUGGGCGGGCCCCUCAGCAACCACCAUGGAGGGGCAGCGGGUAACAACAAGCUGCUGUCAGCAAGGGACGGGUUAGGGAUGGGGCAAGGGCAGAGACCGUUCAAUGGCUCUAGUAAUGGACACGUAUAUGAGAAGCUCUCCAGUAUUGAGUCUGAUGUCUGAAGUUCGACUGUGAGUGAGAGGGAAAAAGAGAGUGACAGAGUGAGGGAGAGAGAAACAUGGAAAGUUUAAGAAAGGAGGCAGCAGGCGUUGAGACUGACGAGGGAAUAAACCAACAGAAAGUGUCUGCAGUGUCUACUUAAUUUCUACGUUCAAAAGGAAGAGGAAGAAAGUGAGCAAGAGGAACUGACCCAUGCUUUAGGUGAGCAGGCAGGGGCCACGUGUAAAUAGAGAGAAGGGACCAAUUCACUAGAGAGUGACGAACUCUGCGUAUCCCUCUCUUUUAUCCUCUCUUCUUUUCUUAUCCCUUCUAUUUUUCUGCUCCUUACGCCAAAACGAAACGUCCAAUCCAGCUUAGGCACGGAGACCUGGUACAAUCAUGAAUGGAAUUCAGUUAUCGUCUUGAAACAACAGGGUAAAACUUACAAUAAUUGUAUUGAUAACGUUGUUAACAAUAAUAUUAUUAGAUAUUACAAUGUUUAUGAUGUUCAGUUUGGGCUUGAUUUCUGGGUGUUAUAUGCUGUUAUAUAUUUGUACUCUAGUUACAAUUCUUUGUUAGCACAAUACUUUGCAGGAGGCUUCUUAUUUGAUCAUGGGAUCUUAUUUGAUCUUAUUUGUCGAUUGAGCUUGCAUUGUCUUACGUCAUCGCGCCAUUCUGCCGUGAUGUGGAACACCAGGACCGCUGUGCAGAAUGCGCCCUCUGCCAGGGACGAUGCCAAGCUAGAAGAAAUAUAGACAAACUUGCUUUCCUUUAAGAUUAUUUACUAUUAAUUAUUCAUUGUUCAUUUUAUUUCUGAUAUGGAGUGCUGUAAAAUGUAUGUAAAAGGCAUGAUGCACAGUACGUCAGCUGUACUCAAGAUAUUGUUGUGAAGGACAUUUAUUAUGAUCUCUUUUUAUGGUUUUACAAUUUUUACAACAUUGCAUUAAUGUCAGUAGAACAUUGGUUUAGUUCACAGCACAUUAUGUGCCUUACCAGGAGUCCCAGAAUUCUAAUUAUACAGGUCAUUUUGCCAUGGCAACUUUCUGGUCACUGCACAUUGAUUGGUUAUUGGAUGAUUCAUGUAUUAUUCUGGAAUUAUCCUUAUUGCGAAGUGAGCACCUGAUCUUGAAUAUACAGUGAGCAGCGCAUUCUAGAUUCAUAAACCUGAAUGUCUGAGACCCUAGUUCUAAUGAAGGAGCUAAUGUUUAAAGUUUAAACCAGAGAAAAACAUUACAGAAGGACCUGCACAUCCAUGCCCAGCACAUGGCUUGUCAUAUACAAAGUUGAGCUUCAGGGUGUUAAGUUCAAGUGCUUGAAAAACAACAACAAAAAAAAACAAUUGAUUCAUUAUUUUUCCUCUCCCAACCCCUAUCUCUUCAGUACUGAGUUCUUUGAUCAAGCAGCAAAUUAAAACCAAUGUCACAGUGUGUUUCCUCUUAGAGUGCGCUCAUUAUUAAUUUUUUUCUUUCUUUCUUUCUUUCUUUCUUCCUUACUUUCUUUCUUUUUUGUGCACACUGUCCUUUGGGAAGCACCCAACAAAAGCUGGGUGUUGUGUGAUACUAUGAAAGAGCUCUUUGUCUCAGCAUUCGCUUGUAUUUUUUUAAAUGUAAAUAUUCCUUUUUUCCACAUUGUACAGUGCACAGACAGCAAGGAUGUAACUUUAGAGAAAUUGUGUGUUACUAAAUUAGGUAUGAAGUGAAAUAAAAUAGUUGCACAGUUCAACCUGGCCAUAGUACCGCCAAACACCCAGAUUAGAUCAUGAAAUGUUACUUAUUGUCUCACCACUUUUACAUUUUUUCACAAUUAGUGACCUGACUAGUUGUUGGAGGCAUGGGUUCUGGGUAAUCCUUCUUGAGUGUAAUAAUUGUUGAUUUUGCAUGAACACUCUUUCACCCCACAUUAACACAAUAUUUUGGAUUCCUCUUUAUAUAUGUUGCAAUGGAAACAGAGCUUACUACCCUAAUUAAAGGCGUGCCCUUCAAUUCCUGGACAAUCGCAGUCAAAACAUCACUUCAAGAUCACUCACAUUUCGAGACAGUUUACAAAAUUCAAGAUCACUGUUGUAAAACUCAGUCGAGGUAUUUUGUCUAGUAUUAUCAGACAAAGAGGAUGGACAUAAAGUGCUUACCAGCUAUUUUUCUAAGUAGCCAAUUAUGUAAAGAAAUGAACUAAUUAACUCAUUCAGUCAUACAAUUAAGAAUGAAAGUCUCCUCCAUUUAGUGACAUUAGUUCUAGUUUACUUUUUUGUUCUUGUUUAGUCUAACAUCGUCUUUUGAGACACCGAUAAGCACAUGAUAAUUUCUACCUUUCUGGUUACAGAAGAACAGUUAAGUUCUCCCAUACACCGUUAGAUCCUGGUAUGAGUUUGUUGUGUGAAAUAUACAUUUUCUUUACUCACAUUUUGUAAGCCAAACUGAUCUCCAAUUUAAGCACAAUGUUUAUACUAUUUGGUUAAUAAUUGAUGUGUAUAUGACUAUUGGUUUUGUGGACUUUAAAAAACAGACUUCACAUUUAUUGCCACAUUUACUCAUUUUUUUGCUAAGUGUGUGUGAGAGUUUGUGAAACUGUGAGUACAUUGUGAGAGACAUGCAUGCAUCUUUCUUUCUAUUUUACAUACCUGCUUCCACAUUCUUGCUUUUAAACUAUGUAUAAUUCAAGGACCAUGUCUGUUUUCUUUUUUUGUGCAGAGAAAUAUGUGUGUUUCUUUUGCUUGAGUUGUACCGGUUAGUGCCAUACAAAGGUAAUGUUGACAAGCUGUACAUAAUUUAGUCGGGGAGACAUUAUGGCAAAUAUGCUAACAGAGAUGGAUACAUCUUUGCAGCAUGGAAUAUGGAGGUACAUUGAGACACUGAUAAAUUUGUAUUUAGAGAAGGCACUAUCAUGUCUUCGGCCUGAAGUUUUUACUUUAUGUUGCUGGGCAAACACUAAUGAUGGGUCCUAACCUGGGUUAGGAAUGUAACCAUAUAACCAUGAGAAUUUAUUUUCAUUGUUGUGAUCAUAUAGGGCUAAUUUUGUCACUUGAAGCGUUUAAAAUCUUAAUCUCUCAUAGUUGUUUUGGUAUAGGGGGAAAUUAUGUGCAUGAACUGUAGAGGCACCCUUAAGGUUUUUUUAUGCUUGGUUUACUUUUUUUAAUCGAGAGUACACUAUUCGUUCACUUCAGUCAGUUCUUUAAUUGAACUAGCCAUGUUUUGCCCACUGUUGCAUUCAGUCCAUCCAACAUAAUGAGAAACUUUAGGUUACUAUUCAGUUUUUGGAAAACUACCUAAAUUAUUCAUGAGUUUUGAGUUUGGACAUGAUGUUUUCAGCUUUACAAAUGCUGCUAAGCUGGACUUUGUUGUUGUUGCUAACUGAAAUUUGGCAGGUAGGAAACCACAGUAACUUUGCUUUAGAAUUCGCCAACCUUAAACUACAUCUGAUUUGUCCUUUCAUUGGCUUUCAUUUCACUGUUGUCAGAAGAAAACCUUUUAUCUCCUAAAUUAUAACUUCAUAGGAGAAAGAAUAAACCUGCUUUAUUUUUUAUGUAUGUCAGUGGAACCAGACUUUUCCAAGUUAUAUUUGGGCUGUUUCUUAUGGUCCAUUCUUCUUGAAAUUCACACAGAAUGUAAAGGGCAACAAGCAUUUUCAAAUUAUGUAAAAAUGGCGACAUGAGGUUUUCUUCCGUGAUGUGCAUACAAAAUAAAACUCUAAAUUGAGCUUAAUUCACAAAAUGCUACAGUUUCUCAUUAGGUGGAUUGACAUUUUCUGAUGUUCUGUAAAACUUGUCAAACCUGGCAGCAGAUGUUAAUGAAGAAUGGUUAUGUGGGAAGAGCAUGGCUAGGUUUCAGGGUUUCGCAGCUUGGAGCAUUUGCAGAAAAUAUGUGAUGACAGACUUUGAGUGCUGUAUAAUCAGUGUUAUAUUAUCAGUCUUCAUGUUUUUGUGGGAGUUUUGCUCAUAGCUAGUAAAAGCAGGGCAGAGGAAACGUGUGUCUGUGAGAUUGUCUGUCUGUGUCUUUAUGAAAGAGAAGGGGAUGCUGUCCUCUAGAAUAAAAGCUGCCCUUCUUUAAGGUUUUAGUUUUGAUUCACACCUUUUCCAGUGGAGGCCUGGUGAUAGCAGGCUAAGCGCUGUUUUGUUAAAUGUAGGUGGAUAACGAGAGACAAUGGUUGUAAAUGAAAGAAAGAGAGAGAGAGAGAGAAAUAGUAGCCUACAUUUUAUUUUUGCACUCUGUGAUCAUUCACACUAUCGUUUAGGCUUCCUGAGAUUUGACUUUGGUACAAAAAGAGUGCUGCGUUGCUGUUUAUCAUAGGCUAAUCAGUCUUUGUUUCGCCAUUUACUUUGCAAUUCACGUCCCUUCUCUGGUACUGUAUGUCACAGGUUAUUGUACAUGUGCCUGGAUUCAUGCUUGAUUACCUCUGUGUGUGUGUGUGUGUGUGUGUGUGUGUGUGUGUGUGUGUGUGUGUGUGUGUGUGUGCACGCAUGUGAGUUGAGACACAGAGCACAGUGCAAUGGCUGUCUACUGUAAUGUCUGAAUUUUUGCUGUAAAUAAUGAAGUCCCCUUUUCUGUAAUUUUUAAUAUAGAGAGAAAACUAUUCUAAGCUACGGAAAUUUGGGAUACGUUUUUGUUAGGAAGGUUUUGUAAACCACCAUAGAGGUCAAUAAUGACAUCGUGUCACCAAGGCUAGAACUCCACUUGAAUAGAAUUAGAGGACCCAAUUUUAAGAGACAAAAGUACGCCUUUGUGGUCUUUACUAUAUAACUGAUCUUUCUAAUUCUCUUUCUUUUCCUUCCUCGUUUUUUUGAUGCUUCUUUUAAAUGUUACACAAAGAUUAACAAUUGUACAGACAAUUGUGUAAAUAUGAACAAAUGGUUUCUCUUUAUUCUGUUUUUGUAUAGAGAGAGAUUACCUGUGUUUAAGAUUACAAUAAUAAUUUAACGGGAAAUUUCACAAUACUUAAGCUAUUGAGAAUACAGACACAGUAUGUGUGAAUAUAAGUGCUAAGAUAUAUUCUUCUGUCUCUUUGUACAAAACAGUGUUGACAAUAAAUAAAAGGGAGAAAUCUCA